GGUGCCUUCCCAGGACAGCAGGGUGCCUUCCCCGGUCAGCAGGGUGCCUUCCCAGGACAGCAGGGUGCCUUCCCCGGUCAGCAGGGUGGUCUCCCUGGACAGCAAGGUUCAUUCCCAGGACAGCAGGGUGCCUUCCCCGGACAGCAGGGUGCCUUCCCCGGCCAACAGGGUGCUUUCCCCGGCCAACAGGGUGGUCUUCCUGGUGCGCGCGGACAGCUGGGUGGUUUCCCAGGCCAGCAGGGUGGUCUGCCCGGACAGCAGGGUGGCUUCCCCGGACAGCAAGGUGGCUUCCCUGGACAACAAGGUCUGUUCCCGCAGGGCCAGCAGGGUCUUGGUGUGUAUGCGCCCGGACAGCAGGGCUACUCCAGUGGCCGUCCUGCCGGAGGUUUCCAGGGUCCCGUCGGCGGCGGCCAGGCUGGAGGACCCGGCUUCAACAACCUGCCCGGCGCUCAGGGAGCGUUCCCCGGACAGCAGGGCCCCGCCUUCCGUGGUCCGCAAGGCGGUCUUCCAGGACAACAGGCCGCCGGCUUCCCCGGACAGCAAGGCGGUUUCCCCGGUCAGCAGGGCGCCGGCUUCCCCGGACAGCAGGGCGGUUUCCCCGGUCAGCAAGGCGCCGGCUUCCCCGGUCAACAAGGCCUGAACAGGCAGCCCGGCCAGCAGGGCGGUGGCUUCCCCGGUCAGCAGGGUGGUUUCCCCGCUCAGCAGGGCGGUUUCCCCGGUCAGCAAGGUCUGAACAGGCAGUCGGGUCAGCAGGGCGCCGGCUUCCCCGGUCAGCAAGGCGCUGGCUUCCCGGGCCAGGCUGGCCAGAGACAACCUGGCCAACAGGGCUUCGGUGGCUACGUCUACUAGUUCGCGGAGGAUGUUCGGGUCGGCCGCGAGUCCGCCGCCUGUCUGAGCGCCGCCGGGCCCGCCCUCCCAUCGCGGAUACUCCGCGCGCUCGAGAGUCCCACCGCGGCGAUACCCCCUGCGGGGCGAGGCCCCCUCCUCUCCUCUCCUCCUGCGGGAGCAUGACCACUAGAUGGAUCAUCCAGACAGUACGUCCGGCAUUCGCCGUCGAUCCGAGGCUCCCAAGUUCAGCAGGCUCUGCGAGCUCUCAUAGCGCCUGGUGGGUAGGCAACGUCUCGCUUGCAGUGCAUGCGUGCUCUGCGGGGUGGCCCACCCGGAGUCUCGCAGGCGCCGUGCACCCGUAAUUUGCCGAAAGAACCCGCGAAAAAACGGACGUGCUUUCUGGACGAUCCCUAGGGAUCUCUAUACGUGUGUUCUUGUCUAUAAGCAAAUGAAGUUACCAUGUCAAAGUUACCAAGUCACGGAGCGAAAGUUAUUUAUUUUCAGUUUAGCUACAUAAUCAUGUUAUCGCUUCAUGACAAAAUAUUUAUUUAUUCUCGCGUUAUUAUAAUUAUUGGUGUUCUCUGUCUGAAGACAUUAGAAGUGAUUCUGUACAUUUUGAAACGCGUUCCAUUGAUUUACACAUCGCUCAAUGUGCAUGUGAAAUUAUGCCCAAGUGUAAUGUUUGAAAUCAUCUAUUUUUUUAUAUUUCAAUUUUCCAGAAAAACAUAAUAAAAAAAAGAUAGGAUUUAA